AUGACGCAUCUCAAUUCUUACAAUUUAGAAGCAAAUUACUAUCUGCUCAACAUGUCUUUCACUUUCAACAAGUAUAUUCUCGAUUUGUCUAAACUCGAGCCGUUAGACGAAACUAAUUACAGUCGUUGGUCUCAGAGAAUGGUCAUCUUCUUUGAACAACUAGAAGUUGACUACGUGUUGUUCAACCCACCUACCAUUGUCGGAGCUAUAAUUCCUUCCUCGGAUGUAAUUGACACUUCCAACAUACCAGAGACGACUAACGACAAGCCAAUCAUGGAACAAGUUCACGCUUAUGAGAAGUUAGUCUCAGAUAUCCUUACUGAAGGAAUGGAGAUGUGUGAAAUCCUUCAAGCCAAUUGCUUUCGUCACUCUGAUCGCCACAAGAAUCAAAACCAGAAUGAAAAUAAACCACAAGCAAAUUUGGUGGAGGAUCCAUAUGGGGUGAUUGCUGCUGUAAUUUCAGAAGUUAACUUGGUGGAAAAUCAUGCCAAGUGGAUAAUGGACACUGGCGCUUCCAAACAUUUAUGUGCCAACAAAGAAAUGUUCACUGAUUUUGAAGAUGAAGUUGAAGGUGAACAAGUUUACAUGGGAAAUUCCACCACUUCAAAAGUACUCGGUAAAGGAAAGAUCUUACUUAAACUUACUUCUGGCAAAGCCUUGGCUUUGCAUAAUGUUAUGUAUGUUCAUGUUUUACGUAGAAAUCUUAUUAGUGGUGGAUUCUUGAAUAAGGCAUGA